AUGGAAUUGAUACAGCGAAAAAAACUUAUCAUAGUCAUGUUUUUCAUUCUAGAGACUUUCAUAUCUCGAGCCAUGUCCCGAAAUUUCCCUAAAGCCCCCCUUUAUGAGAGAUAUGAGCAAUGGAUGGCUCAGCAUGGACGCAACUAUAUAGACAGUAUAGAGCAAGAAAAGCAUUUCAAUAUAUUUAAGGACAACAUAGAAUAUAUAGAUAAAUCUAAUAAUGAAGGGAAUCGCACUUUUAAGCUAGGUGUCAAUAAAUUUGCGGACUUAACAACUGAAGAAUUUCUUGCCUCUUAUACUGGAUACAAGAUUUCCAACCAACCAAGUUCUCUCAAUGCAACAAGGUUUAGGUACGAAGCCCUUACCGAAGAAGUUCCAGCGACUAUGGAUUGGAGAGAGAGAGGAGCUGUUACCAACGUAAAUGACCAAGGAUCGUGUGGAGCUUGUUGGGCCUUUUCAGCAGUGGCAGCAAUAGAAGGGGCCAUCCAAAUCAAAACUGGCAACUUGAUCUCUUUAUCUGAGCAACAACUAGUGGACUGUUCCAAUGAGUUAGAUGGUAAUGGUGGCUGCCAGGGUGGUUAUAUGGAUAAUGCCUUUAGAUAUGUAGAACGAAAUGGAGGAAUAGCCACUGAAGAAAAUUACCCAUAUCGGGAAUCGGAUGGAACUUGUGACCAGCAAAAGGCAUCUAUUAUUGGAGCUAAGAUUAUUAGCUUAGUAAUGGUAACUCGCAAUAAUGAGGAGGCAAUACUUCAAGCAGUGGCCUCCCAGCCAGUUUCAAUUGGCAUUUUGGCUAGUCUUGACUUUCAAUUUUAUGAAAGCGGAGUUUUAACGGGAGAGUGCGAGUCGACCAGUUUAAGCCAUGCUGUUACUGCAAUUGGUUAUGGAACGAGUGAUGAUGGUAUCAAGUACUGGUUAAUGAAGAAUUCAUGGGGCGCCGAUUGGGGUCAUGAGGAUGGCUAUAUAAGGAUUCAAAGAGACUCCGGUGCUCCAGAAGUUCUUUGUGGCCUUGCCAAGUUGCCUUCCUAUGUAGCUGUUUAG